AUGGAAAACGCUAGUGAUUCAUCGCCUGUUCAUGAAAGAAAAACCGAAGCAAUAGCGAAAGCCACACUUUGCAUGUCUGUUCUUGCGGUAUCUCUCCUUGAAAACGCUAUGGUUGUGCUCGUUCUGAAAAAGAACUUCAGACGAAGUCACAUGAGGAAUGCCAACAGCUUAUUCAUUGCAAAUAUUUCUGUGGCGGAUAUUUUCUUUGCUAUUCAAAAUAUCCCGCAUGCGUACAAUAAUCUAGUGCUGAACGGCCACUGGAUUCUACAGGGAAACUUUGGAACAGUUCUUUGUAAGAUAGACAUGUUCCUUUCUGUCAUUACCAUGGUAACUGCAAACCUGACAAUUCUGGCUAUCGCAAUUUAUCGUCUUUGCGUGGUGUUCUUUCCUCUACGAAAAAUUAUCACGCGGAAGACCUGCUUCUUUAUUAUUUUUCUGACAUGGCUGGUACCAGCUCUGUUUGCUUUGCCGAUAUUUCAUUUCGCAAAAUUCAUCAGCAACGAGGGCAUCACAAUCUGUAGUCUCAAGGAUCAAGUCAUAAAAAUUUUCUAUGCAGGCUUCGCCGUAAUUCUUUUCACGACGCUUCUUGCUAUGCUCGUUUUGUACGCAGCCAUCGGAUUCAAGCUUUGGCGUCGAAACUUCCCCAACAACGUUAGUGAAAGAGCUCGCGCAUUGAGAGAGAAGCGAAAUCGUGAGAUUUUCAAGAUGUUAAUAACUCUAAUAGUCGCAUUUUAUGCCUGUUCCUUGCCGAUUCUAACCCUUCAAUUGUCUUUCGCGCUUGACUUCUAUGUGGUUUACCGUGAAACUCGACAUUUCCGUUUCAUUGCUCUUCUAAUGCUGUUUUUAAAUGGGGCCAUUAAUCCGAUAAUCUAUAUAGUUUUCAACAGGAGUUUUCGCAGUUGUGUUAAGGAAGUUUUGUCUAAGCGCUAUUGUUGUCAACCUGUGUCUGCUUGACUUUAAUUACAUAGUGGAGACCAGUUCAAAAGUAAAAUUGGUUUCAGCGGACUGUCCAAUGUCUUUAGUUAGUGAGAACAUGCUAAGUCAUGUCACUCCAACUGGUGGCUGCUACAAAGGACGCUAAAGAAUCCUUUACUUAGGUUUAGAAAAUUUGAUGUAUUGCUAAAGAAGUCUUUUCCUAGAAUUUUCUCUUAAAUAAAGAGCUUUUUUAUGAAUAGAUAAAUGCGUCUGUUCUGUAAUAGAUGUCAGAUGUCUUCAAUAAAUAAAUAAUGACCUAAAUAAGAAUAAAGGGGCAACUGUUUUAAAUAGAAAGCAUCAUCUAUGCGUGCGACCUCCUAUAGAUAAUAACAGAGCACCAAUCACAAUGCUUGUAUAAUUUAGGUUAUCAUGUAAAAAAAAAAAAACACUUCGUUCUGAUCCCUUGUAACAGGUAUCUCUGUUCAAAAGCUAACAUCCCAGUCUUAUCAGCCAAGAGGUCUGUUCAACAAAGAGCCAAGGACGAACUGGGAAUUUGCUGAUGUAGAUGACCCGACAGGACACUUCCAGGGAAAUUGCCGACGCAGACCAAUGAUGAUGAUUGUUUUUCUACCUCAUAAAGAGGCAGCGAAGCGCUUUGACCCAUGA